AUGCUCAAGUACUUCGCCCGAUCUGUACGACCAUUAACAUAUAUAAAUCGCAGAACCUUCAAUACAUCGCUAGUUAUGAGUAUUCCCAAGACAGACGAAGAAUGGCGAGCGGUGCUCUCACCGGAGCAAUUUAGAGUGCUCAGACAGCAGGGAACUGAGAUGCCCCAUAGUGGAGAAUAUACAGAUACCCCACUGUCUGAAGGGACCUAUGUGUGUGCUGGGUGCCAGCUGCCGCUUUACCUGGCGAAAACGAAAUUCAAGUCGCACUGCGGAUGGCCGGCUUUUUAUGAGGCGAUUCCAGGUGCCAUCACUACAUUGAAAGACCAAAGUCAUGGAAUGGUAAGAGAAGAGAUGAGGUGUGCCAAAUGCGAUGGACAUCUUGGGCACAUUUUCAGAGGCGAGGGAUACAAUACCCCGACCGAUGCCAGACACUGUGUGAACAGUAUUUCACUCAAGUUCAAGAAAUAG